GAAAAAAGGCAAAAAAUUAAGAAAGUACAAAUUUUAAAACCUACUGAUGCAAUUUCUUGAAAAUCAACACCAUUCAAUUUACAUAAAAAUAAAAAUGCAACUAAAAGUACCUGCCAGAAAUAGUCUUUAGUUUUUGAAAAAAGCAUUUUUAUUUGAACUUCUACAAUGGGAAAUGCUGAAAGUAAUGUGACAUCUGGUGUCAAAAAACAAACCGAUAGUGGCUCCUUGAAAAUUUACUCGCUUGUAGACGUCAAAGGAGGGGGCCAACUGAUUGCACUGAUGAAAGAAACGAACAAAACCAGAGAUUACAGCACAUUGGAUAACCAAAUUCGAGAGCUUGUACUUCCGUUUCUGUAUAACAAUGGCGAGGGUAAAAUGGUACCCAUUCAAGAGCUUGUUCUGACAAGAAACAAAGAUCGUCCCAAGCACAGGCAACUUCCACAAAAUCGGGAUCCAGAUGCUAAAUCAACUCCAAAAUCUUCCGCCAUCAAUAUCGAUAGUAUUGCCAAAGAAGAAGAUGGUCCUCAAUUCAGAGAAGUCUGUUGGGACUUGGAUCAGCGAGGAUCUGUUGGCGAAACUGUCCUUCAUUUGUGCUUCCUAGUUUCUUCACCAUUACAUUUAGACUUGGCUAAGAGGCUGGUUAAGCUGUUUCCCAAACUCAUUAACGACAUUUAUCAAUCAGAUGAAUACUACGGAGAAAAUGUUUUACACAUGUCAAUUGUAAAUGAGGACCCAGUGAUGGUAAAGUUUUUGCUGGACCACGGAGCAAAUUUCAACGAGAGGGCCAUAGGAAGCUUUUUCACUCCAGAAGAUCAAAAGGCUACACGCUCCGAUAGUUUGUCUCACGAAUGGGUAGAUCUCUGUUUCAAGACUGAUUACAAAGGUUAUGUGUACUGGGGAGAAUAUCCACUCCCGUUUGCUGCAUGCUUAGGCCAAGAAGAAUGCUAUCGUCUUCUUCUCGCCAAGGGAGCAGAUCCUGAUCUUCAAGACACAAAUGGGAACACUGUUUUACAUAUUCUUGUUAUUCAAAAUAAGCUCGAAAUAUUUGAUUUGGUCUACGAAUGUGGAGCCUCUUUAGACAUCAAAAACCGUCAAGGGUUGACUCCUCUAACUUUAGCUGCAAAACUCGCCAUGAAAGAUAUUUAUUUUCACAUUUUAAAACUGCAACGAGAGAUUUACUGGGAACUCGGUAACAUAACAUGCGCUGCGUAUCCACUAGAUGAUAUAGACACCAUUGAUAGCAACACAGGAGAAAUCAACAAACUGUCAGUUUUGAAUCUUGUUGUCUAUGGUGAAAAAAUCGAUCAUUUAGAUAUGCUAAGUGGACUUCUAGCUGAUCUUCUCAAUGCUAAAUGGAAUAAGUUUGUCAAAUUCAGAUUCUUCCGUCAAUUCGCUACCUUCUUUGUAUAUUUCAUCAUCUCUUUAAGUUGCUUUGUGAUGCGACCUGGACCAGUGGGACCGAAAGUUAACAAACACCACAUAAAUCAUAUCAACCAUCAUCCAUAUAUUACAACGAAAGCACCAGUUCUUUUGGGAAACACAAGUCAUAUAAAUCCAUGUUACCUCUUAGAAAAUAACGCAACAUCUAAUCAGGUACGCUUCAUUCUAGAAUCAUUAACAGCAGCUGGAGGAUUAAUAUACAUCUUAGAUGCCGUAAGAGAAGCUCAGUUUCUCGGAUACCAUACAUUCACUCAAAAUAUGAUGACUGUUCCCUCGCGGGUACUUUUCAUGUGCUCCUGCUGUAUAAUGAUGAUAAUGGUGCCUUUGAGAUUCACCUGUUCUCAUCAAGGGGAAGACAUAAGUGCGGUUUUUGUCAUGCUUACAACGGCUCCUUAUUUCUUAUUUUUCUGUAGAGGCUUCAGGUUAGUCGGCCCCUUCGUCGUUAUGAUCUACAAAAUGAUUCUUACUGAUCUACUGUGUUUCGUCACUAUCUACAUUGUAUUUGUUCUCGGUUUUGCCCAAGCUUACUACGUCAUUUUUCUCUCCUACAAAGCUGAUAAACCAAGCUUCUUCGAUGACCCGAUACAGAGUAUUUUAGCCAUGUUCAUCAUGUCAUUGUCAGAAUUCGGAGAUAUUUACGAACAAUUUCAUCACACUCAUCAUCAAAACAUAGCAAAGGUAUUUUUUAUAAUGUACAUGGCACUUGUAGCAUUGCUUCUUAUCAAUAUGUUGAUCGCCAUGAUGGGAAAAACUUAUCAAGAUAUAGCUGAACGAAAAAAUGAAUGGAUGAGACAGUGGGCACGAAUUGUGUUGGUUGUAGAACGUGGAGUACCUCCUCAUAUAUGUCUGGAGCAGCAAAGGAAUUAUUCACAAGCCAUGGCUGAUGGGAGAAGAGCUUUGGUUCUUAGAUUAGAGCAUAACGAAACUGAAAAAGAGGAAUUGCGAUGCAUUGCCGAAAUGAGAACUUCCAAUGUUGAGCAGAGAGCCCGACGGAAGAGGAGACAAGCUGAAAGGAAGGUCAAAACGACUUGAGAACAUGAGUAGUGUCGGAAGAAAUCUUUAUUCCAAUGUUAUUUGUUCCUUUGUUUGCUUGCCUAAAAGUAAUAUUUCCGCUGAAGAAAGGAAGUCUUGAUUAGACCUCUUUGAUUCUCAUAGCCUCAGAUAAAAGAAAGUUCCCUGGAACGCUUAUGUUGAACAUAAAAAAAAAAAAAAAAAAAAAAAAAAAAGAUUUUACGUGAGUAACAGUGAAGAAGUUUAUUACAUUAAAAAAGACCAGCCAGUAGGAAAAAAAUUGUGACCUUGACUUCUGAAAGGCUGAAGUUAUUUAAACAGUUAAAAAGUUACUGAACGGUUUAAUGAAAGAAUCUCCAAAUUCUAGGUUUAAUGUUACUGAAGUUUACGGAAACAGCAAUCUUUAAUUUAUUUCGUCCGUAUAAAAUUCAAAGAUUAAAAGAUGUAAAGCGUUUUCUGAUUACUUUAUU